AUGGUGUUGGCUGAUUUAGGACGUAGGAUUAAUAGUGCCGUUUCCGGUGCUAUCAAAUCCAACGAUGUCAAUGAAGAUGCUAUUGAUUUGAUGUUAAAAGAGAUUUGUAAUGCAUUGUUGGAAUCAGAUGUUAAUAUUAAAUUGGUUGCAAAUUUAAGAAAAGAUAUAAAAUCAAAAUUGAAUGAUGAUGGUUCCAAACCAGGUGUAAAUAAAAAGAAAUUGAUUCAAAAAGUUGUCUUUGAUGAAUUAUGUUCAUUAGUGGAUACAGAGACUGAACCAUAUAAACCUAAAAAGGGUAAAACUAAUGUUAUAAUGUUUGUUGGUUUACAAGGUGCUGGUAAAACUACUUCAUGUACCAAGCUAGCUGUCUAUUAUCAAAGAAGAGGUUUCAAAGUUGGGUUAGUGUGUGCUGAUACUUUCAGAGCUGGUGCUUUUGAUCAAUUGAAACAAAAUGCUACAAAGGCUAGAAUACCUUAUUAUGGGUCAUAUACUGAAACAAAUCCUGUAAAAGUUUCCAAAGAUGGUGUUGAUAAAUUCAAAAAGGAAAAAUUUGAUAUUAUCAUAGUGGAUACUUCAGGUAGACAUAGACAAGAAGAAGAUUUAUUUCAAGAAAUGAUUGAAAUUGGAGAUGCUGUGCAACCAAACCAAACAAUUAUGGUUUUAGAUGCUUCUAUUGGUCAAGCUGCAGAAUCACAAUCAAAAGCUUUCAAAGAAUCUUCAAACUUUGGUUCAAUUAUUUUAACAAAAUUAGAUGGUCAUGCUAAAGGUGGUGGUGCUAUCUCUGCAGUUGCUGCUACAAAUACACCAAUUGUCUUUAUUGGUACCGGUGAACAUGUUCAAGAUUUUGAAACUUUCUCACCAAGAAGUUUUAUUUCCAAAUUAUUAGGAAUUGGUGAUAUUCAAGGUUUAAUGGAACAUGUGCAAUCUUUAGAUUUGGAUAAUAAAGAUACAAUGAAGAAUAUACAAGAGGGGAAAUUUACUUUGAAUGAUUUCCAAACACAAAUGCAAAAUAUCAUGAAGAUGGGUCCACUGUCUCAAAUUGCAAGUAUGAUUCCAGGGAUGUCACAAAUGAUGGGUCAAGAUGGUGAAGCUGAAGCUUCAAGUAGACUGAAAAGAAUGGUUUAUAUAAUGGACUCAAUGACUAAGAAAGAGCUAGAUAGUGAUGGACAGAUUUUUGUUGAUGAACCUUCAAGAAUAAUUAGAGUUGCAAGAGGUUCUGGUACUUCAUCUACUGAAGUUGAAAUGAUUCUAUUUCAACAAAGAAUGAUGGCUACAAUGGCUCAAAGAACUAAAGGUAUGCUGGAUGCUAAGAAAGGUGGUGCUGGUGGCUUACCAGGAAUGGGACCUGGUGGAUUUAAACCAUCUCAACAACAAAUACAGCAAAGUAUGCAACAACUUCAACAGAAUCCUGGAAUGAUGAAUAGACUAAUGAGUAUGAUGGGUGGUGGUGCCCCAGGUGCAGGUGGUAUGCCAGAUAUGAAUGAAAUGAUGAAGAUGAUGGGAGGAGCAGGUGGUAUGCCAGAUAUUUCACAAGCCAUGAAUAAUCCUCAAAUGCAACAAAUGAUGAAGCAAUUUGGUAUGGGUUAG